AUGCUGAUGAUUGCUGUGCUGCUGUCGUUCCAGCAGCGUGGUUCAGACGACCCAGUUGCGAAGGCGACCGCGAGCGCGAGCGUGGCGUUUUUCUUCACGUACAUGCUCUCCUUUGGCGCAACCAUGAACUGCAUCCCGUGGGUCUACGUCCCGGAGAUUCUGCCUCUCCACGUCCGCGCAAAAGGCACAGCUGUCGGUCCAAUUAUCUCAGCGAAUUGGUUGUGGAAUUUCUUCGUCGUCAUGAUCACGCCGACGUUGCUCAACUCGCUGGCCUGGAAAGGUUACCUGAUCUUCAUGGCGCUGAAUUUUAGCUUCAUUCCCCUGGUUUUCUUCUGCUACCCUGAGACGGCGAACCUAUCGCUCGAGGAGGUUGAUUGGCUGUUCUACGAGGGCGGUGCUGUGGCGAAGAGUCGCCGGGUGAGGAAGUUUGGAUGGGAGGCUGAGGACGGUGCUGUGUUGGAGCAGGGGAGCGGGGGAAGUGUGGGAAGCAACAAGGAGGAGGGUGAGGUUGGGACGGAAAAGAGGGAGCAUGGAUCCGCGUAG